GGAGAGAGGGGGGACCAAGAGGAAGGCGAAGCAGCCUAUAGCACAUCACGCCUGACCACCACGCCAGCAUGGGCUGCUGCUCCACUAUCAUUGUGAGCUUCCUCUUCUGCCUGGCCUUCCAGCCCCCUGAGCCAACCGGAGCUAACCCAGUGUACAAUGCCUUAUCCAACACAGACUUAAUGGAUUUCAAGAAUUUGCUGGACCGUUUGGAGGACAAGAUGCCUCUCGAAGAUGAGGCAGCGCCCCUACCAGCGCUAAGUGAGCAGAGCCAGAGCGAAGAUGCUGGGGCAGCUCUCAGCUCCCUGCCGGAGGUGCCUCCCUGGACUGGGGAUGUCAGCUCAGCCCAGAGAGAUGGGGGAGUCCUCGGACGGAGCCCCUGGGAUGGCUCUGAACAAUCUGCUCUCCUGAAAAGCAAGCUGAGGGCACUGCUUGCCGCUCCUCGGAGCCUGCGGAGGUCCAGCUGCUUUGGGGGAAGGAUUGACAGGAUUGGAGCCCAGAGCGGCCUGGGCUGCAACAGCUUCCGUACCCGAAGAUAACAGCCAGUGAGGAAAGGUGGCCAGGACAACAUUCUACCGAGAGGUGCAGACUGCAAAGACAUCCUCACCCUCUCGUGUCUCUCACGUCACCUUGUCUCAUCUUAGUGCACUCUAUUUGAGCCUCAGCAUCCUGUUAAUGUUUCUCACACCUGAUGCUAACUGUAAAGUGGUUAAACUGUGACUUUUGCUGCCUCUCUCACGUCAAGCAUUAAAACUUAGCAUAGACCCUUUGUUACUGAGAGCUGUUUGAAAAUAAUAAUAAACUUCAGCACCACGGACAGCGA